ACGAUCGUGUCGGGAUACCCGUCUCGUCUAAGGAGGCCAAGGCCGGGAAUGCUAGACAGAGCAGAUUCUUCCAGUUUAACUUAACCAUGGAGCUUCCUCCGCCUCCUGCAGAAGCUGACAAAAAGCUGCUGAUUGAUAAGCUAGCUGUGUUUGUGGCAAGAAAUGGACAAGACUUUGAAAAAAUGACAAGGGGAAGGCAGAAAAACAAUCCCAAGUUCUCAUUCUUGUUUGGUGGCAAAUAUUAUGAUUACUAUCAACAUAGGCUUGCUGUGGAGAUUGCAGGUCUUCAGCAGCAGGCCAACCCUGUCAGUCAGCUUGUCCUGAAUAGUGGCGCUCUACCGCAGCAGCAGCUGUAUCCACUGAUGCAGACUCAGCAGCUGGGCUACACAGCAGUGCCACCCCAACAGCAACAGCAGCAGCACGUGUACGUGCCGGGCUCCCAGCAGCAGCCGAGCUUCCCGCUGACACCCCAGCAGCACCAGCAGCAGCAAGGCUGUCUGGCACCUUCUCAGGAGCAGCAGGCGUACCCGCCGUACCAGCCGCAGCCGGGGUACAUGGCCGCUGCCCACCCGCCGCAGCCGGGCUAUCCGUCGGUUGCGGCGCCGCUGACGGGUGUGCCGACAGAGCAGCUGGCGGCGCUGCUGGAGCCGAUCCUGGGCUCUGAGCCGGGCGCCGCGCCCGACCAGCGCCGCCUGCUGCUGGCCGCGUACAUGAUCAAACGGUGCUCCGGCGGCGACCGCACUGUGCGCGACCCGGACGCCCGCUUCGCACUCAGCGUGGCCGAAGCGCUCAAGCGCUUGCCGAUGGAGGGGAAGGCGGCGCUCAAGAUCCGCAUUAUGGAGGUGGUGGCCGAGAGCCGCUCCGCCGUCGAGCAGAUCCCGGCCGCCGCCUCCGCGCCGACACCAGAGGCGGCGCCACCGCUCGAGGUGGAUCUGAGCCGGCCGCCGCCGCCGCUGGCCGUCGGCUCGCCCGCCGACUACUCGGAGGAGUUCUUCAUCGGCGCCGAGGCGGCGGCGGCGACGGCGGAGCCUGAGCCUGAGCCGGAGCCGGAGCCAGAGGCGGCUGAGCCGGCACCGGCCGCGCCUCUGGCGCCGCCCGUGAAGAAGCAGUGUGUGCCGCGCAGUGCUCCAUUCAGCGCCCAAGUGGAAGACGCCAAGGCGCGCGCCGCCGCCAUGGCCCGGGAGGCGGCCGAGGAAGUAACCCGUGCCCGACAGCGUCAUGUGCAGGGUCCACCACCGCCGCUGCCGCCGCCGGCGCCGGCUGGGCCGUACCCGGGCCUGGGACUGCCGCCGUCGGACGCGCGCGCUGACACCUAG